GCUGCUUCUUCUUCAGGAUCUUCAUCAGUGGCCCUAGUGAAGGUCACCAAGGAGAACAGCAUCGCGACGGCUGGUGUCUUGGGCGGAGUUGCGGGUCUCUUGCUGGGCGGCUUUUGGAUUGGUGCUGCUGGCUUCGUGGCAACCUCCUACUUGGCAAAGAAGGAAGACGAUGUCUCCACCGUCCUCAAAGGUGUCUCCACUGCUUCGCUUGAGGCCCUCAACUAUGUGGAUUACCUGAACAAGAAGUAUGAAGUGACCAACAAGGUGGGCUCCGCAGUGAAUGACGCUCUCGAGAAGAGUGACAGCAAGGAGACCGGAUCGACUGUGAAGUCGACCCUGAGCAGCGUGGGCGAUGCCAUCGAGGGCUUCGACAAGGACGUGGGCAUCAAGGACACCUUGGGCAGCCUGGUCCUGGCUGGAUCCGACCUUGCCAGUCAGUUGGCCACCAAGGUCAUUGAACUCAAUGAGGAGUACAAGGCUGACUGGCUUUCUGGGCUAAUGGGGCUCAUGCUCUACAUGCGUGACAAGUUAGAGAAAAUCAUGGCAUUCAUUGAUUCAUGUACUCAAGAAGCUAAUCUCUCUUCGGCUUUCCAGCAGAACAUGGCACCCAGCCCAUGGGGCCCAUGGCCCGCUGGAGAGGUGACUGACCAACUGAAAGCCAAGAUCGACGAAACCAUUGAUAAGGCGGCGGCUGCGGGCACUGUAUACAGCAACCAAAUGCAAUUAACUAGUAACUAG